CGUAAAGGAAAAAUAAACUGACGCAGACUGUCAAAGUGGCUGACUUGCUUAAAUAAAUUCUCGAAUUCUCAUCAUCUUGCGUUACAAUUAAUAACUGCAUUUCAAAAUGCCUUUGGAACACGUUGUAAUUUCCUAUGUACGCGACGCAAAUUGGCUAAAUGUCUUGAUGCUAAAGUCUGUAGACAUACUUCAACCGUACACCAAUCCAUUGGUCAGCCAGGACAGGCGUAUUGAGGUCAAUCCCUAUGGCUUUCGCUGGUUGGAGGCACAAGUUGAGCAGCGGGUGCCGUUUAAAGACAUGUUCGAAGUGAAUCACGAUCUGGAGGAUCAGAUGAUGUUGGGUCAUGCCGAGGAAACUGGCAUCGACAUAACAUUUGGUCUAAGUCUGAAGAGGAUUAAUCACUUCUUAUUGGAGCGGAAUACUGUCAAUGUGGAGCUGGAGAAACUGAGAAUGACAAUCGAUGAAAAUGUGCUCUCGACUCUAUACUGCAGUCAGUGUGCCAAUGAAAUUGUGCAGACCCGUUGUUUCGGUCACAUAAGGCCAUUUCCAGUUUUGACAAUGCGUCCGGAGACCUGUUUCGCUACUAAAUAUCCAGUGAACGUCUAUCCACGAGAUGAUGGUAUCUUCUUUGGCCUCAACUAUAUUGUCGUCUCGCCGAGGGUACUGGGAACACGUGGCAUCCUCUAUUUCAGUAACGCGCAAGGAUGCUCUGUGGUCUGCGGACGUUGCCGCCAAUUGCUGGGUGAAGUCUUGGGCGAUGGUGUGGCCAUUCUCUUAUAUGCAGAUACCAUAAGAUCAUCACCAUUCAUGAGCUUUCAGUUGAACGAAAUAUUCAAGCAUGUCAAUACUACGCAAAUUAUGCUACGUCUGCUAUACGAUGGCAUGCCGAUGAAUGCGGAAAAGUCACGGCUAUUUUUGAAAUGUAUACGCCCCGAUGGCCAACACCACUAUUUGGUAAUACUGGAAAUUCGUCCGAUUCAUAUUUUUCGGUCUAAAGUCUGUCUAACCGAUGACAUUGAUCAGCCAGUGGAACCGUCAAUCAGUUUUACUGACAGCAGCAGUGAGGGCAGCCAGGAUACGGACACUUCUAGCACUAGCAGUGGCAAGAGGAGCGACCAUGGCAGGGCUGGAAAUCGUGCAGCCAAGAGGCAAAGAAGUGGUUUAAACAGGUCGGUGACUUCUGUGGAUCUAGAGGGUUAUCGUGGACGUCGCCUCAAGUACUUGUUCUUCCGCACGGAUGAAGAAAUUGCCAAUGCUACUGAAAAUUUACAAGAAGCAAUAACUAAUGACAGCCUCGUAGUUCGCAUCUCAUAUGUCAUGCUUAUGGAACUGGUCAACGAACUGAACUACAAUGAGCAAAUGGUGGCUUCAUUGGAGAAAUUGCCUCCAGCAGAGGUCAGCAUGGAUACAGCGCGUCUCAGUUAUAUACUCUUCAAGCACGAUGGGGACUCUUAAAAUGUUGUAGCCAAAGGCGCCAAGACUUCAGUCCAUAAUAAAGAAAAGCUUCUCUUUUCUAUGCAAGAACCGGAAAAUAAAUCAGCAUUCUAAAAAGUUA